UCCCUUCAGAUUCUCAACGUGGUGCCCUCAGUUGAUCGUUGGUACGGACUACGGAGUAACUACUCUCUCUCUCUCUCUCCCCCCGCCUUUUUCAUGGGAUAUUCACCAUGUCUCUCGUCACUGCCCAGCACCCUGCACUUCAAAACCACAACCCAUUGCAUGCAUGGACCCAACCCUUCUCCCCUCACAUUCAUGUCUUCCCCCCAAAACCCUAGUUCAACCUCUUCUCACCUUCCGUUCAAAUCCAACGCCCACUUCAAAAUCAACCACAGAAUCACUCCCACUCGACACCGUCCACCGCCAAACCCUAAAUUCUUAGUCCGAGCUUUGAUCAAGCCGAAUUCAAAGGCCUCAUCGGCGGACACUAAAUUCAUCGUCAUUAGCUCUGUAAUUACCAUGACGUUAGCCAUCGCGAAUCGCGUGCUCUAUAAACUUGCCCUUGUCCCUAUGAAGGAGUACCCAUUCUUUCUAGCUCAAGUCACCACUUUCGGGUAUGUGGCUAUUUAUUUUACCAUACUGUAUGUGCGAUAUCGUGCUGGGAUUGUAACUGAUGCAAUGAUGGCCAUUCCCAAGUCACCCUUUGUGAUGAUUGGUAUUCUAGAGGCCCUAGGAGUUGCAGCUGGAAUGUCUGCUGGAGCCAUGCUACCUGGACCAGCUAUACCUAUUUUGAAUCAGACAUUUUUGGUGUGGCAAUUGGCCUUUUCUACACUUCUCCUAGGGACAAAGUACUCGUGGAGUAAGAUUGGUGGCUGCUUGCUUGUUGCUGCAGGAGUAGUUGUAGCAGUUGCAAGUGGGUCAGACGCCGGCCAAAUGUUGUCUGGAAUUGGGUUCUUGUGGCCAGUGUUGAUGAUUGCUUCAAGUGCUUUUCAGGCUGGAGCAUCAAUUCUCAAGGAAUCUGUUUUUAUUGAUGCUGCAACCCGCCUUAAGGGAAAGGUGCUUGACAUAUUUGUUGUGAAUUCAUUUGGAUCUGGAUUUCAGGCUCUGUUUGUGCUUCUCUUUCUGCCUUUCCUGUCAAACUUAAGAGGCAUCCCAUUUUCUGAACUCCCUUCGUACAUAAAGAGUGGAGCUGGUUGCUUUUUCAAUAUGGGAGCCCAUACUAUUGGUUGCGAUGGAGCUCCAUUAUUGCCCAUCCUUUAUAUAGUGAACAACAUAGCAUUCAACAUAUCAGUGCUCCAUCUUCUAAAGAUUUCCUCUGCAGUCCUUUCUUCUAUUGUUGCAAUGUCCUCAGUUCCAAUUGCAAUUUACGUUCUUUCCCUUCCAUUGCCCUAUUUGCCUGAAGCUACAAAUCUGAGCUCAUUCUUCGUAUUUGGCAGCAUGAUUCUCUUGGCUGGUCUCAUUGUAUACAAUAUACCUCAACCUCUCAAGCAGGACUCUGAAAAUUGAUAAAUAUCAUCCUGUAAAUAUGGAUCUCAUCAUAGUUUCUUCAGCCAAUGCAUUUGCGUACAUCAAAUCCUUCCAUACGUUAUUAUUGUUAUUAGGUGGUUGCAUAAGAAUUCGAACCCUCCCGCGUGAUCUGCACUUGUGAUUCUCAUAUGAAAAGAUAUGGAACUCACAGGUUCUAUUUUGAUAAUGUGAGCCGUUUAUUUUGCAAGUUACUAUGUAUAAAUCACUUAUGUGAAAAAAUAGGUUAAUCAGAUAUCGGUAAGCAUA